CGUUGCCUCAAAGUUGGGAUAUUUCCCAUCUGCGACCAUGCUGCUUCGAACAAGCCUGCGGGCUCGUCUAUUACGACCUGCCGGGCUCCGCACUGUGCGCUUCAAGUCUUCAGCACCGCUUAUUCGCAUCGAGAAUGGGACUUUCUACAAGGAAUAUCCGACCGAAGAUAAUGCGGCAACCAAUCUCCCUCUGUACCCGAAUCUCAACUUCACUCUGCCCUCCGACAGGGUAACCUCUCCCGAGCAGCAAGCCUCCUUGCAGCAUUGGGCCGUCAUUGGACCUUCGGGGCGAACGGAUUUACUCGACAUUUUCCGUGGCCAGCAUAUCUCAAUCCCUCCAACCGCCCGAUCAUAUCCCUACCUCCUCUCCGAUGAAAUUGCGGCAAAGGACCCCCGGCUGCGCAUUAUUGGAAAUGCGAUUCAAUACAUUGGAUUCAGCGGUGAAGGAUCUGGUGCCAUUGGGGGCACACGUGGCGCAUAUUUGAGUGCGCGCUACGAGAGCCUUCGCGAGGAGACAGAUUGGACGGUGGAGCAAUUCCUACGGGGGCAGACAUCGCUAAAUCCUCCAGAGGGAGAAGAAAAUGGUACCUUGAAGGAUGAGCAGUUGCUUCAAGAAGUUGUCACUGAUCUGCACCUCGAGCCGCUGCUUAACAUGCCAGUCGCAAAUUUGAGUAACGGACAAACGAGACGGGCACGCAUUGCCAAGGCCCUGCUGGAGAAGCCGGAACUGUUGCUUCUCGAUGAGCCAUUCAUGGGGUUGGACCCGGCCACCGCCCGAAGUAUUUCAAAUCUACUUCACCGACUGGCAGAGAAACAAUCACCCCGACUGGUGCUGGCACUUCGUCCUCAGGAUCGCGUUCCAGACUGGAUUUCUCAUAUGAUUCUGGUGGGAAAAGACCACCAGGUCCUUCAGCAAGGGACGAAGUCGGAGGUUCAUGCGAUCCUUGAAGCUUGGCAGACGAUGCCAGUAAAAGGAUACAGAAUUCCCAAGGACGCUGAAAAAAGGGACAAAUUACUUGAGUUUCGCGCCCACAUGGAAUCGGGGAAUCUCGAUGAGCAGUUACUCCAGGACUUUGCGUUGGACCAGACAAAGAAGUCUCCCAAACAAGGCGCAACAAAUUUAGGCGGGGAGGCUCUGAUUGAAUUGGACGGGGUUCGUGUCCAGUAUGGCGACAAGGUCGUGUUAGGUGACUGGAAACAGAAGGUGGGCGACGAAAUCAAGGAUGGCCUUCACUGGCGCGUGCGCCGCGGCCAACGUUGGGCAAUUCUCGGUGCGAACGGUUCCGGGAAGACGACACUACUGUCCUUGAUCACAUCCGAUCAUCCACAAGCAUAUUCACAGCCCAUCAAAAUGUUCGGUCGCUCUCGUCUUCCUGAGGCGGGCAAGCCCGGAAUCUCCAUUUUUGAACUUCAAUCUCGUCUCGGUCAUUCAUCACCUGAGAUUCAUGCCUUCUUCCCGCGCCAAUUGACCAUCCGCCAGGCUCUGGAGUCGGCAUUUGCGGAGACCUUCCUAUCAAAACCAAAUUUGGACCACGAGAAAGAUCUCGAUGUGAGUGCAGCUCUUCGGGCUUUCAAGGCUGAGCUUGACCCCGACACCUCACAUGAAGAAGCGCCCCUGGUUUCUCUAGAUAAGAUGUUCCCCAAACUCGAGCCGGAAGGAACAAGCAAGUCCAAAAAGAAGCUUGGCACCGGUUUCUACAUGCCCCUGGAAUACCAGGUUGACUAUGCCGACAACGUCAAGUUUGGUGAGCUGAGCACUGCACAGCAACGAAUCGUAUUGUUCCUGCGUGCUAUGAUCCACAAACCGGACAUUGUCAUCCUCGAUGAACCAUUCUCGGGCUUGACAGCCUCACAGCGCGACAAGUGCUUACAGUUCAUUGAUAAAGGAGAAGCCCUUCUGGGCUCGGCUAUUCCUCGUGGCUUCCAAUUGCGACACCGCGGUCUCUCGGACGACCAGGCCUUGGUGCUGAUCAGCCAUGUCAAGGAGGAAAUCCCCGACAGUGUGCGGUAUUAUCUGCGCCUCCCGUCUGAACUCGGCGAAGGCGCUGAACCUGUCGAUUUCCGCGCCGGCAUGCUCAAGACUUCCAGUGUACUGAGUAACCCGAAAGUCUGGGAUUUGGUGUGGUCCCCCGCAGAAAAAUUCCUCCAAAAGAGCCAGAAGACUACGCUGCAUCGAAAGCCGGAGAAUAUCGCAAACAAUGACUACGAGAGGUUUGGAUAUUACACGAUAUAGAGCAGUUCUGAUGUAUAGCUAGUUUGAAGGUUGGGCCUCUAGACUUUGUAUGAUAGAAUCUCAAUGAAACAUAGUGAAAUCUCUAUAUCAGGUUACUGGCAGGCCAAAACGGUCAACCGGCAUGACAAACCAAUUCUCACUCGAUUAACAUUCUUUUUGCUUGGAAGUCGGAAUCUAGCGACAAGAAAAGAUGGUCUAGCUACAAACUCUUGAAGUCCCGAUUUUUGGAAAUCUUAUUAAGGAGCUAUCCUAAUUAGCCUUAGUAUGUCGUGCGAGCUAACUUUUUUUGACGUGGUAAUCACAUAUCCAAUUGGAUCUCCAUGAAUGACUUCGCGACUAUCCAAACACCAACGCCCUGACCUCAAUGCUUUCCCGCGGCUUUGCGUCAGCAGGAGUAUUCGGGUCAACGAAUGCCGUAUGUGCGACACGCUUGGCCACUCCAACCUGGCUAUCGAAACAUUUGAGAAGGAGCCUCUCAUCAUUAUCCAGACCAGAGCAGUAUUUCCACUCUGUCUUGGGGUUGUACUUAACGCCCAUGAUCUCCCCAUUGAAGGUUGGAUACCGGUGUUGAAUGGUAACAAAGUCGUCGUCCUCAGUCGACGCUGCAGAGGCGAAUGCCAAGGGCGAAGAUUCUACGACCCCGUUAAUAGGUCGCCAGACAUUGAUGAUGCGAUAGCGUCCCUUCAAGUACUUCUCAGCCAGCUCUGGAUCCGAUACAUGCUUGCGCACGCGCGAUUGAGUGGACCGUUCGGUUUGGUCUGCGUGGACUUGGUUAACUGGUUGCCGCGGGGCGUUGGGGUUUGCGCGGCGUAUAGUAUGAUCGAACAAGAUGAUGGAGUGGGCACCGGGGACGGAGUCAAGUAGCAAUCGCUCCACCUCGGGGUAGUAUAUCUCCCGAACGGCUUCGUCGGAAUCAAAGGUCUCGUACGUGGCUGACGAUGGGAUGUUCUUCAAGACUUGGAAUGCGUCCCGGUCGAGGGAGUAUUGGUCUUCGCUCCCUCGGAUGUCGUGGAUGAAAACUUUCCGAGUGUCGCCUGAAUAAUUGCGCCAUGGUUCUCCAGCUGGUGGCUCCUCUACGUAAUUGUAUGGAGAUGCACCAUCCUUAGGGGCCUGGAAGAAUACUAAUUCUGCUUCGAUGGCGUGGCUCGUCAUCGUAUAAAGCCCUGGUUCUUAGGGGUCAAGAGGUUGAGUUUUUGGUGAAGAGGAAACCAAGGCGGAAGGAUAGAACUUUAUGUCCCAAGCAGCGCUAUUUAUUCGAACUGUGCGGCGAUAUCCU